AGAAGGCACCCUUGAAAAACACCCCUAUUUCAAAGUGGUUCAUCUGAGAAUGACGUCACGACGAGCCAAACGUCCACACAAACAAGAUGGCGGGAAGUCCAAGGUACAUCGCACAGCUGUGACGUUUUAUGAAUGAUCCUCGUAUUUUGGGGCUUCUUGGCUACUCAUCAACAAACUCUUUCGAAGCAUUAACAAGUCUUCUGUGUAUAGAAGACUUUCGUGUCGUCUUGAGUUUGAGGUACUGGACUUGUAAACAUCAUGGCACCAAGAAGGACUAGAUCAACCAACACAAGUUCAGGGGUCAGAGGUCAUCCCUAUAGGUCAGGUGGUGCAAGAACCUCAGCUGCAAGGGUCAGGGGUCAGUCCAACAGGUCACAGGUGAGCAGGACUACCACAGCAUCUGCUGACCAGGGUAGAGGUCAAACUAGGACCAGAGCCCAGAGGUCAGUAGAAAGCAAUCACAGCUCUGAGCCAAGAGGUCAGAGGUCAGGAGCCAGAGUGCACAGUGCUGACCCAAGAGGUCAAAGGUCUGGCAGGAAUGCAAUAAGCAGGGACUCUGCUUCCCCAACCACAGGAGAGAAUACAGCUUUUCCUGCUGCUCAAAGUAGUGUCCAUGCACAAUCCGGUAAUGAUGCCAAUAGCAGUGCAAGAAGAAGUAGUAGAGUUAGAGCUGAUGCAGCCACAUAUGAUAGGAGGAGAGGCAGCGGGAACCCACCAGCUGCCACCCGUAGGUCUAGCAGGCUGCAGGGGACAGACAGUAUGUCAAGCUCACUAUUCCAGUCUAACCAACCUGUAACUUAUGAUGCCACAAGGAGUCACUCUCCUGGGACCAAUGACAGAGUCCUUCGCUCCUCGGGAACUGUAGACAGCAACAUUCCAACAGGAGGACCACCUCCCCAAGUUGCACAGCAAGGUGACAACAUUGGCAACCAAGAGCAAGGCAACCAGCAGAACGGGAACGUUCCAACCCCCACCCCUCUGCUCAGUACAGGAAGGUUCAGCGCGUACUACGUGGGGAGGGCCAAUCACUUCUAUUCGGACCUGCUCAGCCUGACGCCACAGCCCACGCGAGACCGUGGGAACAGUGGGUACAACCUUCGCAGGAGGUGGGCCACACAGAGCUCUACAGACAGAGGUGGAACAAAUCAGCGAAGAGGUGCGCCCCCACGGCCUGUGGAGCGUGCACCAGAGCCCCCUGUCAGCUCACAGCCGCCUAGCAGGCUACGGGAGGGGCCUGUCACCCGGAGCCAGGCCCGUCUGCGACAGUCGUCACAGGGGACCGUGUGGCGGCAGGGACGGUUCCGGAUACGCCACCCCGGGCCGGUCGAACCCGGGCACGAAGAGGACAGCAUGCAGCACGCUAUGGACAUGCUGACGGAUCUGUCCUCGCCAAACAACACACGUGACGAAGACACCAUGUCCGAGUCGAGCAACGGCUCCGACCGCAGCGGGAUCCCGGGGGAAGCCCUGCCAGAAAACUUCCUUGGGUUCGGACCGGAGUUCUGGCAAGGGCGCCGAUUGGUCAGCAUCCGUUUUGUCCGCGACCACAGCAUCCUGGACUACUUCCCCGCCACGGGGAACAUGUACAUCUCUUCGCUGGAUGAGCCGCCACGCGGGCUCUCCCCGCAGGAGAUCGAGUCCAUCCCGUAUCGGAAUUUCGCACGGAACGAGGAGGCCAAAACCUGCAGCAUCUGUAUCGUGAACUACCGGACGGGAAACCGCGUGAAGACUCUGCCGUGUUCCCACGAGUUCCAUGAGGCCUGCAUCAAGCGCUGGCUGAGGGAACACGAGAACUGUCCCACCUGCAGGCAGCCGGUUAGGGAGGCAGAUAGCACAGCUGCUGAAGAGGCAGGUGCUGCAGCUGAGGCAGGUGCUCCUCCAGAAAAUGACCCUGCACCGUCAGGGGAGCCUCCCAAUGGUAAUGGAGCUAUGAACACCUGAAAGACAGUGGAUUACUGUAGUAAUUAUUAUUAAUUGAUUAUUUUCCAUACAGGAAAAUGGAUGUGGUGCUGUAACUUACCCAUUUCAUAAAUGAACCAGUCCAGGUUACAUGUAUUCUACAUGUACUAAAGGGUCUUGAUAAAAAAAAUGGACAUGGUACUAUAAGUAUAACUUACCCAUUUCAGAAAUGAACCAGUCCAGAGUUACAUAAAGUCUACAUUUACUAAAGGGUCUUGACCAAAAAAUGGAUAUGGUACUGUCACCCAUUUCAGAAAUGAACCAGUCCAGAAUUACAUGAAAUCUACAUGUACUAGAGGCUCGCGACAAAAAAUUUGGACAUGGUACUGUAACUUACCUAUUUCAGAAAUGAACCAGUCCAGAGUUAAAUGAAGUCUACAUGUACUAGAGGCUCUUGACAAUACCCUGGUCAUACCACAUCAUAAUAGGGGUGAUUACAUGUUUCUAAGACGAAGGGUGCUGAUUCAAACAAGAACAUGUAGCCAGAACGUUCAAACUGAUAUUCCUGUGCUAUGCUAUAAGACUGUGAUAUUGUAAAGAAUGGCUCCAAAGCAAAGAAAUGAUGUAUAAGCACAAUACAUAUCUGUACAUAUUUGUCAUUGGGUAAAUCUCUUGUGCUGUUUUAGUGACUGAUGAACAUAUUGAUUGUAGAUAUUGGAAGAUGUGACAUAGUUUCUGCUUCUUAUGCUAGUUAGUUACAGUUCUGUUAUUGAGAAAAUGUCUCCUUAAGUUUAAAAACACUUUUGUCAAGGUGUAAAAUGUUUUCAAAAUAAGGAAAUGUUUUCUCUUUUCUUCAGGAAAAUACGGAUUAAAACAUUUUCAGAGG